AUGAAUAACUUUAUUUGCGAAAUCGUUCUAUCUGUUCAUGAAAAUGAUAAAAUUAAUGUUGAUGGUUUUUUUAUGGUGAAGGAUAAAAGUCGUAAUAAUGCAUUUUAUUGGUAUUGCGAGAGGCGAGAUGAGUUGAGCUGCAAUAGUUAUGUGGUGACCAGACUGGUAAAUGGUCAACAUUAUCUUAGAAGUGCUAAAGAGUAUAACCAUUCGACACAAGCAAGCAGAGUGGAAGUUGUUAAGAUGAUUGCUAGGAUAAAGGAUCAAGUGCAACUAACCAGGGAAAAGCUAGCCCAAGUCUUGCAGACAGUGAUUACUGACAAGCUGUUUUCUUUGGAAGCUUUAAUUAUCCCUGAUCACAUGAAAAGAACUUUAAGUGGGUUGGACUUUUUAAUCCAUAAUUCCAUAGUAGAGAGAAAUGGGUUUUUAAUUUUUACAACCAUAGAUAAUAUUCGUCACUUAAAUCGUUUAAUAUUUUGGAUCAUGGAUGGAACCUUUUGGACAUGUGAGAUCCAAAUAUUCUGGCUUAAAAAUUGUAAUAUGCCACUUCAUUUUUGCUGCAACUAUAAUACACUUUAUGCUCGUGAUCAAGGUGUGGAAAUAUCAAAAUCAGGCAUGGAAGUACCUGCAGCCGCAAUAAAUUCUGUCCAAUUGGAAUUUGAUUUUGUCCAGAGUAAAGGUUGCCACUUUCAUUUUUCACAGUGUAUUUAUCGUAAGGUUCAGGCCUAUGGACUUGCCUCAAGAUAUAGUAUGGAGAAAGAUUUUAGCUUACUAAUAAGAAGUUUUUCUGCUCUCGCCUUUUUACCCCCUUCUGAAAUACCAGCUGCAUAUGAAGAAUUGAAAACUCAUAUUCCAGCCAAAGCUAGGCAUAUUAUUCGUUGGUUUGAAGAAACUUUCAUUUACAGUAGAGUCAGGCACAUGCAUAGAAGUGGAAAUAUCAGUAGGUUGGAUCCAUUGUUCUCUUCAACUUUUUGGUCUGUGUUUAAUAACAUUAAAAUUGCAUAUCCAAGAACGCAGAACUCUGUGGAGGGUUGGCACAGGAGGUGGGAUGUGUUAGUAGGUUGUGCACAUAUGGGGAUUUUUAAAAUUUUAAAAGAAAUCCAGAAAGAACAGAAUAGAGUUGAGCUUGACAUCGAAGCAAUUUUGCGAGGUGCUCUGAGGCCGCCCCAAAGAAGGCAUACCAUUGAGCAUGAGCAACAUAUACAAACAGUGUUUAAUGAUUGUGGUAAUAGAUCUAUCAUUGAGUAUCUUCAUGGGAUUGCCUACAAUCUUGCUUUUUAA